GCUUAGAAAAGAAAAAGUCCUAGUCACAAGCCAACCUUUCUCCUCUUACACUCAUUCACCCCACUUUCUUUUUCUUUUCUCCACAACACUUCAAACUCCACACUUUCCCUUACCAUAUACUCUCAUCUCUCAUUGGUUUCUAUCUUCCAAAUCAACUAUGAAAACAAUACAACUUUUCAUAAGAGCGAUGUUAAUACUCAUCAAUGUGUAUUUUCAUUUAUCAUCAACCGAUGCAGUAGAUCACCAUCUCAAAAUCACCUCCAAGGAACAGAUCCAGUGCACAAUGUGUACUUCUUGUGAUAAUCCAUGCAACCAAGUUCCAUCUCCACCACCGCCGUCACCUCCGCCAUCUUCAUCCACAAACAACUGCCCUCCCCCUCCUACUCCGACUCCACCUUCCUCUUCCGGUGGUAGUGGAAGUGGAAGCUCAUCAUACUAUUACUCUCCACCUCCACCAUCUAACUCAUACACUUACUCAUCUCCACCUCCUCCGUCAUCCAGCAGCGGCAGCGGCGGAGGAGGAACUUACUAUUAUUAUCCUCCGCCUAGCAACAGAUACUAUGGUCCGGCACCGCCGCCACCUAAUCCGAUAGUUCCUUAUUUUCCGUUUUACUACUACAGUCCUCCGCCACCCUCCGCCGCGCCUGCUCCCUCUCGCUCUUUCUUCAAUCCAAUCGUUCUCUCAUCCUUCUUGCUGUUGUUGCUUUGAUAGCAAAAGAAUUGAAACCUAAAAUGGAAAGGUUUGGAAUAACGGCGCAGAUUUGCAGAUCUAGAAAUUCUCAGGGACAGUGUUAGAGUAGAGAGGAUCUCGUGAAAGUACCAAAUUGCCCUUCAGCAAGAAGCAAAAUGCACGUGUAUAUGUGAAGUGAUAAUAAUAACUCGAACAUGUUGUUCUUUCUAAUUACUUUUGUACUGUUUUAUUUAUAUUAAUUAAUUUCUUUUC